ACAUUGGAGAGCAGUUGUCCGAUAAUUGGGAAUUAAUGUGUUGCUGGUGUGAAGCACCUCUUUGUUUUCCCCGCGCGCAGAUCGGACUCGAGCAGUUACGUCACCGGCACCCUUUCCGAGGGUCGGAUUAAAGAUGGCGCCCUCUCAUGUAGUCAAGUGCUGUCAGCGGGGCUUAUCCUGGAUACCUGUGAUUUUUAUCAACCUGGUCGUGUGCUGGUCCUACUACGCUUACGUGGUGGAGCUCUGUAUAUACACGAUCUCCAACACGGAGGAGCAAGUUAUUUAUCUGUUAGUGUUUCACGUCUUUUUCUUCAUGUUCAUAUGGUCCUACUGGAAGACCAUCAUUUCCAAGCCUGCCAGCCCCUCAAAAGAGUUCUGUCUCCCUAAAGUGGACAAAGAGCUCUAUGAGAAAGAGGAGAAUCCAGAGGCCCAGCAGGAAAUCCUGAAGAGAGUGGCCAGAAAUUUACCCAUAUAUACACGCACAGGAUCUGGGGCUAUCCGGUACUGUGACUGCUGUCAGUUGAUCAAACCGGACAGAUGUCAUCACUGCUCCACCUGUGACAGAUGUGUGCUGAAAAUGGAUCACCACUGUCCAUGGGUUAAUAACUGUGUUGGAUUCUCCAACUAUAAAUUCUUUGUGCUGUUCCUGGUGUACUCUAUGCUGUACUGCGUCUACAUCGCUGCCACAGUUUUGCAGUACUUUAUCAAGUUCUGGAAGCUUUGCAGACGGAGGGCUAUAGAGCAUUGCCCAGAGAAUCACCUGCCAGACACUCAUGCAAAGUUCCACGUGUUAUUCCUGUUCUUUGUGGCGGCCAUGUUCUUCAUCAGUAUCCUGUCACUCUUCAGCUACCACCUGUGGCUCGUGGGAAAAAACAGAACCACUAUAGAGGCGUUCAGGGCACCAGUGUUCAGAAAUGGCCCAGAUAAAAAUGGCUUCACUCUGGGCUUCCGCAAGAAUGUCACCCAGGUGUUCGGAGACCAGAAGAAGUAUUGGUGCUUGCCAAUUUACAGCAGUUUGGGCGAUGGCUACACAUUCCCUACCCUAGUCAACGCUGACUCAGAGCAAGGCAAUGUUGAACACCACCAGGCUGUUAAAUGGUAA